AUGACAGGAAUCAAAGUUUUUGGUCACCCUGCUUCUACAGCUACGAGAAGAGUUCUCAUCGCUCUACACGAGAAAGAUCUCGACUUUGAGCUUGUUCAUAUCGAGCUCAAAGAUGGUGAACACAAGAAACAGCCUUUCCUCUCCCGCAACCCUUUUGGUAAAAUUCCAGCCUUUGAAGAUGGAGACUUCAAGCUUGUCGAAUCAAGAGCGAUUACUCAAUACAUAGCUCAUGAAUACGCAGAAAAAGGAAACCAACUUCUCUCACUUGGCUCAAAGAGCAUGGCAAUUUUGGCCAUGGGACUGGAAAUAGAAGCACAUGAGUUUGACCCUGUUGCUUCAAAGCUUGGUUGGGAACAAACCUUCAAGAACUUCUUUGGUUUGACCACCGACCAAACCGUUGUCGAAGAAGAAGAGGUUAAGUUAGCCAAAGUGCUUGAUAACUACGAAGCUAGGCUCGGCCAGUCUAAGUAUUUGGCUUGUGAUCACUUCACUUUGGUCGACCUUCACCAUAUCCCUGUGAUUCAGUACUUGCUUGGUACUCCAACUAAGAAGCUCUUUGAUGAACGUCCACGUGUCAGUGCCUGGGUUGCUGACAUCACUUCUAGGCCUUCUUCUCAAAAGCCUUUUGGUAAAAUUCUAGCCUUAGAGGAUGGAGACCUCAAGCUCUUUGAAUCAAGAGUAAUUACUCAAUACAUAGCUCAUGCAUACGCAGACAAAGGAAACCAACUUCUCUCGUUUGGCACCAAAAACAUGGCAGUCAUGGCCAUGGGAAUAGAAAUAGAAGCUCAUGAGUUUGAACCAGUUGCUUCAAAGCUUGGUUGGGAGAAAAUCUACAAGCUUUUUACUUGGAUUGACCAUAGACCAAGCCAUUGUUGA